AUGGUUCAUGAGCAGCUGCACCACCCUAUGGACCAUUCUGCAGAUGAUGGGUUUGCCGAGAAGUCUGAUGGGUUUAUGAACUGGCUUAAGAGCCAUCCUGGGGUAAGAGUGAGCUUCAAAAUCAGAAUCGCCGAUCUGAGAUCGAAUGCUGCUGGUAGAGGCGUUGAAACAGUCGCUUGUGAGGAGAUAGCCCAGGAUGAGGAACUGUUUGCCAUUCCUGAAAAUCUGGUCCUUAGCGUUCAGAACUCGAAACUAAAGGACCAUCUCAACUUCACCGACAAGGAGCUCGAUUCCUGGUUGUCCCUUAUCGUAACCAUGAUCUACGAAUACCUUCAUGGCGGGGCAUCGAGGUGGUCAUCAUACUUCGCGGUCCUUCCCACAGACUUCGAUACCCUCAUGUUUUGGUCACAGGACGAACUCCGUGAACUGCAAGGAAGUUCAGUUUUGAGUAAAAUCGGAAGACAGGAGGCUGACGAAAUGAUCAUGGGUAAAGUGUACCCCCUUAUUUUGGACUAUCCAGGCCUUUUCCCAACUCCAAAGGAAUUGUCUUCAUUCAAUUCCCAGCAAGGCAAGGAAGCAAUAUUACAUCUUGCUCAUCGGAUGGGCACGCUGAUUAUGGCGUAUGCCUUUGAUAUCGAAAAUGAAAUGGAUCGAGAAGAGGAGGAUCAAGAUGGCGAAGAUGGGUAUAUCACGGAUAACGAACAGGAGACUGCUAAAGGCAUGGUUCCGCUCGCGGAUAUGCUCAAUGCUGAUGCUCAUCGAAAUAAUGCUCGCCUCUUUCAAGAAGACGGUUAUUUCAUUAUGAAAUCCAUAGUCCCCAUCAGUAUGGAAGAGGAAAUUUUCAACGAUUAUGGCGAGCUUCCUCGCGCGGAUCUUCUUCGUCGAUAUGGAUAUAUCACUGAAAAUUACUCUCCAUAUGAUGUUGUGGAAAUCUCUUUAGAGGCAAUAUGCAAAGUAGCUGGUGUCGAGAAAAAUUGCCCACAGCUUGAACUCCUCGAAACCGCUGAAAUUCUCGAAGACGGGUACUCCCUGCUUCGACCUGAAACCGAUGCCAACCUAGUGGAGGCUAUCUCUCCCGAGUUGAUUGUCCUACUUCGAACGUUAACGAUGACUCCCGAUAACCUAAACCAAAUGAGGGUAAAAGGAAAGCUCCCCAAGCCUCAGCUUGAUCAAGCCAGUGCGAAGUUGCUUAUCGAAGUGCUUCAAAGUCGCCAGAACGACUAUCCCACCACAAUAGCGCAGGACGAUGAACUUCUCCAUUCUACACAUAGCCAUCGUAGGGAGAUGGCAAUUCGAGUGAGAAAAGGGGAAAAGGAGGUUCUUCAGCUCCUUCUCAAUGGUCUCCACACAUACCUUGGCGAAAUCGCAGAAUCCCCUAAACACCAACCCAAACGAUCAAACCCGGACACCGGUAAAGGAAGGAAAAUGCCAAAAUUGAAAUAG